GCUGGCGAAUUCAUUAGAGCCUUGAGGCCGUUGCAUCUAAUCGAAAGGCCAGGAAGGCUCAGACCCCUCCAUUUCCAAUCCCCUUUCGCUCAGAAAUAUCCUUUCAGCACAAUUAGUGCUGUGCCUGAUUUCUCUGCAGGUGCGCUCACAUAUUUGUCAAAAUUUCUCUCAUCGAGGAUCUUGAGGCUGCGGAGGAAGAAAUCAUGGGUGCAGGAGCCAGUGCUGAGGACAAAAAGUCCAAGGAGCUGGAGAAGCAGCUCCAGGAGGAUGCAGACAAAGAGGCGAAAACAGUCAAACUUCUGCUGCUCGGUGCUGGGGAAUCAGGGAAAAGCACCAUUGUCAAACAAAUGAAGAUUCUCCAUCAAGGCGGUUACACAAGAGAGGAGCAGAUGGAAUUUAGAGCAAUCAUCUAUGGCAACAUCCUGCAGUCUGCUCUGGCUAUCAUCAGAGGCAUGGAGAUGCUUGGCAUAGAUUUUGGAACACCUUCUGCUCAGGAGGAUGCACAGAAGCUGCAGAACCUGUCGGACUCCAUUGAAGAAGGAACGAUGCCUCCUGAGCUGGCUGAUGUCAUCAAGAAGCUGUGGAAGGAUUCUGGUGUGCAGGCCGCCUUUGAGAGGGCUGCUGAGUACCAGCUAAACGACUCUGCCGGCUACUACCUCAGUGAAAUGGACAGAAUCUGCCAGUCAGAUUACAUCCCAACCGAGCAGGACGUGCUGCGAUCUCGAGUCAAAACAACCGGUAUCAUUGAAGAACAGUUCUCCUGCAAAGAGCUGCACUUCAGGAUGUUUGACGUGGGAGGUCAGAGGUCAGAGAGAAAGAAGUGGAUCCACUGUUUCGAGGGUGUGACCUGCAUCAUCUUCUGCGGAGCUCUCAGCGCUUACGACAUGGUGUUGGUAGAGGACGAUGAAGUGAACCGCAUGCACGAGUCGCUCCAUCUAUUCAACAGUAUCUGCAACCACAGGUUCUUUGCGCUGACUUCCAUCGUGCUUUUCCUCAACAAGAAGGAUCUCUUUGAAGAGAAGAUCAAGAAAGUCCACCUGAGUAUUUGCUUCCCAGACUACGACGGCCCCAACACGUACGACGACGCCAGCAACUACAUCAAGACACAAUUCUUGGAUCUGAAUAUGAAGAAGGGUCAGAAAGAAAUCUACUCCCACUUGACCUGUGCCACAGACACGAAGAACGUCGAGAUUGUGUUCAACGCCGUGACAGACAUCAUCAUCAAAGAAAACCUCAAAGAUUGCGGUCUUUUCUAAGCAAAUCUGGAGUUAAACAUGGUACUAUAUCUCAUCUAGAAACUGUUGCAGAGUAAUAGGACCCACAUGAGGCAGACCCCUGCAAAUUCAAUUUAACUCUCUGACAGCGACUCAUUUCUGGUCAUCCUGCGUUGCCAGGCAACAACGUCUGGCUGUAACAUGAGCAAAAUCAAGCAAGUCAGUUUGGACCCUUUGGGAUUGCCGAGGAUGACAAAGAUAACAAUAAUGAAGCGAUACCUGUAGUGACCCAAGAUAAAGAUCAGCUCCUUCCAAACAUGUUGAAUUCAUUUGGAAAGCACAUCAAGCAGCUGCAGAUGUUGCACAAUAUUUAUCUUUAGCUGAUGUCUGAAGAUUAUUUCACCUGUUCUGACUUUCUCUACUUUGCAGAGCACUCUUCUUCAACCGUAACCCCUCACACAUUGGCAUUUAAAAAAAAAGGUGUUCUGAUGGAGCACAGAGGAUCCUCUAGACUGUUGUGUUCAUGUCACCGUCUCCAUGCCAAGUUUUGGUCCUCGAACUCUCCUAAAACACCUCCCAUCGAUCUGUAACAUACGGCACAUCCGACUGGGCUGAAACAACCACGGACUUAGAGUUUUUCUACAGGAUAAAGAGUUUGUCUCACAGGGUUGAAGGUGAAACAGCUGCUUCUUUGACCUAUUAAAAAAAACACUAAACAUUUUAAUAGUGUCAUUGCAAACUUUUAUUUAUUUUUUUCGAGAAUUGUAGUCUUGAUAUUUGAAGUGAAAUGUUGCUGCGGAAAUAUCUGCCAGUGCUAUCCAAAUGACAAAUCGGACCGUACGUGUAUCUCAUCUAAAUAUAGUGUUAAUGUAUUGGAUUCAUUUAACAUUUAAUGUGAUAAAUAAAUGUCACCUGAUCAAACAAGAUAGAGAAGCUUUGUAAAUAAGAGUAGAUAGUUUAUUAUAUUUGGAAUGAUAAUAUGUAUGAGAGAGGGAACUACUAGAGGGUUGGUGCUUUAUUUUGAAAGGAGAGUGAAAAUCUACUGUGUUCUUUCUUAAGAAAUGUAGAGGCACGGAAUAAAAAUGCAUUAACUUCA